UGCGGGAGCGGGUGGCGCGCGCCUGUUCGUUGGACACUACCUUGAGGGCGGGAGGCGCGCGGGGAGCGUAGCUGUGCGGGUCCUAGGGCGGCGGUCGCCGCCGCCGCCGCAGCGCCCCAGGAGGAGAGGGCCGAAGCGGCCAGACGAGCUGGGGAUGGGGAUGACCGGGCCCCGCACCUCUCCCGGGCGCGCGGGCGUCUCCGGGGGCGCACAGUGACGGCGGCGGCGCCACUGGCCCGGCAGCUCCGAGGCCGUUCGCCAGCCAACCCGCGGCCGGCGGCGGGCCGGGCCAUGAGCAGCCAGGGCCGGGCCAGGCCUCGCUUGAGCCCGGCCCCGCGCAGCGGUCUCUCCCGUUUCCGCUCCGUCCACUCGGCAUGAACGUCCGCCCGGGGACGGGGCCGCGGCUGCCCCAGCCCGGCGGCCCGAGGGGGCCUUCCGGACCGGCGGACCGACGGUGCUGAUCCCGGCCGCCGCCAGCCUGCUGGCUGCCCCGGGGGCGCGGCCAUGGAGGUGGUGGGCGACUUCGAGUACAGCAAGAGGGACCUCGUGGGACACGGGGCCUUCGCCGUGGUCUUCCGUGGGCGGCACCGCCAGAAAACUGAUUGGGAGGUAGCUAUUAAAAGUAUUAAUAAAAAGAACUUGUCAAAAUCACAAAUACUGCUUGGGAAGGAAAUUAAAAUCUUAAAGGAACUUCAGCAUGAAAAUAUUGUAGCACUCUAUGAUGUUCAGGAAUUGCCCAACUCUGUCUUUCUGGUGAUGGAGUAUUGCAAUGGAGGAGACCUGGCAGAUUAUUUGCAAGUUAAAGGAACUCUCAGUGAAGAUACUAUCAGAGUAUUUCUGCAUCAGAUUGCAGCUGCCAUGCGAAUUCUGCACAGCAAAGGAAUAAUCCACAGGGAUCUCAAACCACAGAACAUCUUGCUGUCUUACGUCAAUCGCAGAAAGUCCAGUGUCAGUGGUAUUCGCAUCAAAAUAGCGGAUUUUGGUUUUGCUCGUUACCUACAUAGUAACAUGAUGGCUGCAACAUUGUGUGGCUCUCCAAUGUACAUGGCUCCUGAGGUUAUUAUGUCUCAACAUUAUGAUGCUAAAGCAGACUUGUGGAGCAUAGGAACAGUGAUAUAUCAAUGCCUAGUUGGAAAACCACCUUUUCAGGCCAAUAGUCCUCAAGACCUAAGGAUGUUUUAUGAAAAAAAUAGGAGCUUAAUGCCUAGCAUUCCCAGAGAGACAUCACCUUAUUUGGCUAAUCUCCUUUUGGGUUUACUUCAGAGAAACCAAAAAGACAGAAUGGACUUUGAAGCGUUUUUUAGUCAUCCUUUCCUUGAGCAAGUUCCAAUAAAAAAAUCCUGCCCAGUUCCGGUGCCCGUGUAUGCUGGCUCUGUCUCUGGAAGCUCUUGUGGCAGCUCUCCACCUUGUCGUUUUGCCUCUCCACCAUCCCUUCCAGAUAUACAGCAUAUUCAGGAAGAGAAUUUAUCCUCCCCACCAUUGGGUCCUCCCAACUAUCUACAAGUGUCCAAAGAUUCUGCCAGUACUAGUAGCAAGAACUCUUCUUGUGACACGGAUGACUUUGUUUUGGUUCCACACAACAUCUCGUCAGACCACUCAUAUGAUAUACCAACGGGAACUGCUGGCAGACGAGCUUCAAAUGAGUUCUUGAUGUGUGGAGGUCAAUGCCAGCCUACUGUGUCACCUCAGAGUGAAACAGCACCAAUUCCAGUUCCUACUCAGAUAAGGAAUUAUCAGCGCAUAGAGCAGAAUCUUACAUCUACUGCCAGUUCUGGCACAAAUCUACAUGGUUCUCCAAGAUCUGCAGUGGUACGAAGGUCUAACACCAGCCCAAUGGGCUUUCUCCGGUUGGGAGCCUGCUCUCCAGCGCCAGCAGACACAGUACAGACAGUUGGGCGAAGACUCUCUACUGGGUCUUCCAGGCCUUAUUCACCUUCCCCUUUGGUUGGUACCAUUCCUGAGCAAUUUAGUCAGUGCUGCUGUGGACACCCUCAGGGCCAUGAAUCCAGGAGUAGAAACUCAUCAGGUUCUCCAGUGCCACAGACUCAGUCACCACAGUCUUUCUUACUGGGUGCUAGACUGCAGAGUACCCCCACCCUCACUGACAUCUACCAGAACAAGCAGAAGCUCAGAAAGCAGCACUCUGACCCUGUGUGCCCAUCCCAUUCCGGGGCGGGGUACAGCUACUCACCUCAACCCAGUCGGCCUGGCAGCCUUGGGACCUCUCCCACCAAGCAUGUGGGAUCCUCUCCACGGAGUUCUGACUGGUUCUUUAAAACCCCUUUACCAACAAUCAUUGGCUCUCCUACUAAGGCCACAGCUCCUUUCAAAAUCCCUAAAACACAAGCAUCUUCCAACCUGCUGGCCUUGGUUACUCAUCAUGGGCCUUCUGAAGGGCAGUCUAAGGAUGGGAAUGACCCACGUGAAUGCUCUCAUUGUCUCCUAGUACAAGGAAGUGAGAGGCAGAAGUCUGAGCAACAGAACAAGGCAGUGUUUGGCAGAUCUGUCAGUACUGGGAAAUUAUCAGAUCAACAAAUGAAGACACCUUUAGGUGGACAUCAGGGCAGCACAGACAGUUUAAAUACAGAACGACCAAUGGAUAUAGCCCCUGUAGGAGCCUGUGGUGUACUGGCACCUCCUAUGGGAACAGCAGCAAGUUCCAGGGCUGUCCUGUUUACUGUAGGAUCUCCUCCACACAGUGCCACGGCCCCUACUUGUGCCCAUAUGGUCCUUCGAACAAGAACAACCUCAGUGGGCUCCAGCAGCUCUGGAGGCUCCCUGUGCUCCGCAAGUGGUCGAGUGUGUGUGGGCUCCCCGCCUGGGCCAUGCUGGGGGUCUUCCCCUCCAGGAGCAGAGGCAGCUCCUAGCCUGAGAUACAUGCCUUAUGGUGCUUCACCCCCUAGUCUAGAGGGAUUCAUCACCUUUGAAGCCCCUGAACUGCCGGAAGAGACACUAAUGGAGCGAGAACACACAGAUACCUUACGCCACCUCAAUGUGAUGCUGAUGUUCACUGAAUGUGUGCUGGACCUGACAGCCAUAAGAGGGGGAAACCCAGAGCUGUGCACAUCUGCUGUCUCCUUGUACCAGAUUCAGGAGAGUGUGGUUGUGGACCAGAUCAGCCAACUGAGCAAAGACUGGGGGCGGGUGGAGCAGCUGGUGUUAUACAUGAAAGCAGCACAGCUGCUAGCAGCAUCUCUGCAUCUUGCCAAAGCCCAGAUCAAGUCCGGGAAACUGAGCCCAUCCACGGCAGUGAAACAAGUUGUCAAAAAUCUGAAUGAACGAUAUAAAUUCUGCAUCACCAUGUGCAAGAAACUUACAGAAAAGCUCACUCGCUUCUUCUCUGACAAACAGAGAUUUAUUGAUGAAAUCAACAGUGUUACUGCCGAGAAACUCAUCUAUAAUUGUGCUGUAGAAAUGGUUCAGUCUGCAGCCCUGGAUGAAAUGUUUCAGCAGACUGAAGAUAUUGUUUAUCGCUAUCAUAAAGCAGCCCUUCUUUUGGAAGGCCUAACUAAGAUUCUUCAGGACCCGGCAGAUAUUGAAAGUGUACAUAAAUAUAAAUCUAGUAUCGAAAGAAGAUUAUCGGCACUCUGCUAUAGCGCCUCGGCCAUGUGAGCAGCAGCAGGCUUGUCCCAUGGACCAGUGGUGGGAUGUGAGGUGUUAUGUUUGAGAGUCCAGCUUGGGUUCUGUUGCCCCAUCCCCAGGAGACUGUAGUUUCUUACCUGGUGACUACCAAAGAACAAGCAGUGAUUUCAAAAAAGGAAAAUAAUCCAAAAACUACAUAUUUGUAGAAAAUCUGCCUUAUUGGAGAAGUCACCCCUUCCCUUUUUCUUGUAGAAGCAGAAGCAAGAGUAUUCCACUUGUCUUUCAGUUUGAAUUUGGUAAAUAAAUGUACCUUAGAACUAGAAUCAUCAGUACAGUUAUUCUUAAGGAUAAUUAAGAAUGAAACAAAGUGAGUGGCUCUUCACUCAGUUCACCAGAGCAAUGUGUGAAAUUCCACGUUUACUGAGGUAUAAAAAUUUUUUUAAAUCUACAUCUCAUCCAGGCAGUUUGAUACUUGGGGCAAGUUUGUCUAAAUCUGAGCAUGCAUCCUUAAACAGCUCAGGAAGAAAUAAGAAGAUAUGAAAGAUGGCUCUUAGAAGAAAUUGUGAAAUCUUCAAUUUGAUGUAAUACGGACACUUGUUAAUCUUCCAGAAUCUUUCAUAUAUUGCACUAAUUUAUUAAAACAACUCUGUAUUGGAUUUUGCAAUUUAAAACUAACUGAGGCACAAUGGACUUGUUUAAAAACUAUUUUACUUGAUUAUAUAUACACAUCCUUUCCAGAAUUCACAUGUAAUAUCUAGUGGACUUUUAAAUGGUAAAAACUUGUGUUCAUGUGAACCUUUGCAUUUUUUAACCUAUUCAUCUACACCCACAGAUUUUCUGUGAUAUUUUUGAGUUGCUGGUUGUUUGCUUUUGGUUGCCUUUGUUAUCGUGCAUGCAGAAUGUGCAUUGAUUCCUGUGACCUCUAAGUUUAUUAAAGGCUAGAUUUAUUUGGGCAGUAUUAGGAAAAAUAUCAAUCAAGAAUUUUAAUAGGGCCAAGACAAAGUUGGUGAUCUAAAAGCUUGUUAAUGAUGUGGAGUUUCUACAAGAAGUUAGUGAAAAAUAAGGUUUGAUUUCUCUUGGGAAAAUGGGCACCUCUCUCCAGCCUAAUAUCUAUUUUUUAUGUUAAUCCUGACAAUUCACCAAAUAGCUUCAUGGAGAAUGUGGGCAGUUAUGAUUCCUCUGUUGUAUAUUAUUUAGUUUCUUUUACUUACCUGCUUGAGUACUUGAAUAAACCAUUCUCCAGUUUUAAUCUUUUUAUUUUCAUCCUUUUAGAUAAUAAAUCUGACAAAUUGCACAGAAGCUUGUUGGCAUUAAUCUAAUUUUAGCAUAUUGCUAAAAACAAAAACAUGGUUUUAUUUUGACAAAGUAAUGUAAUUUUUACCUUAUUUAUCUAUGAAAUUCCAGCAGUUAAUUUAAACACUUAUUUAUAUGAUGUUUGUAAUUUUAGGUCUUUAAUACAGUGUUUCUACCUCUCAUUUGUAACUGCAUGCAUUAUUCUUGAAACUAGGUAAAACUCACCCAAUUGUUGUGUAAUAGCCUUUUUGUUAUUGCCUGUACAGAUGUAUAUUAAGGUAAAAUAAAACUGACAAAGUGUUUCUAGGGCAAAGUUGGGUCCAUGUUACAUGGCUUGUCAAGCCAGGUCCUUCCUCAGUGGGUUUGGAGCUUGCUUAUUAAUGCCCUUUCUACUGCCCAGGAUUCCAGACUCUCAGUAACCAUCAUUCAGACUGUGUAGUGAGGAUACCUGUCUCUCUCUGGAAAGGUUAUAAGCACUAGUAUUAGUGGUUCUCUAUUUUGUAUAAUUUUUUCAGGGGUACAGGGCAAUUCCAUUUAUGUUCUCUCAGUUAUCACCCAUGCUAUUUCAGUUAAUCCUCCAAAUUAGGUGGGUUUAUUCCAUUUCCUCCUCCCCAAUUUUUUUAAAACAUAGAAUGAAACAGGUUCACAGUGAGUAGGUGAUUGGUCUGAAGUCAAGUAACUAAGGAAGGGGUUAAGCCAUGCUUUGUGACUUCCAAGUUCCUUUUUCUUCCUCUCGUGUGAUAAAGGUCUUGUGGUACAUGGUGUGUAUGAAACCGUGAAGCCUGAACAGCAGAGAACAACAAACUGUAGAUUCAUGAAUAAUGGUUCUGAUUAUAUUUCCAUUAUCAAGGCUAAUUGUUUGAGACUUUCGCCUUGAUUAUAGCAAUAAUAAACAUACUUUAUGUUUCCAUGA